GGGCAAACUAACAGAGAUGACGACUUACUUGUGCAUCGAGUGCGGGAAAAGCUUCACGGAUAGCGCUGCUUUUGCCAAGCAUCAGAAGACCCACACGGGUGACAAGCCUCAUUCAUGUGCUGUAUGCGGCAAGACGUUCGCGUACAACUCGCACCUUGUUAUACACCAGAGGAUCCACGCAGGGAAGAGGCCGUUCUCUUGCUCCUAUUGUGCAAAGAGCUUUACCGACAGACCAUCGCUCGUCAAGCACGAGAGGAUUCACACCGGUGAGAAGCCCUUCCGGUGUAGCGUGUGUCAGAAGUGCUUCACUGACCGCUCAAAUCUAGUGAAGCAUCACCGGAUCCACACCAGGGAGAAGUCGUUCACCUGCAUCGAGUGCGGAAAAAGCUUCACAGACCGUUCUAACCUCGUGAAACACCAGAAGAUACAUACGGGUGAGAAGUCCUUUGAAUGCACAGACUGCGGCAAGAGGUUCACCGAGAACUCCACGCUGGUCGUCCACAGAAGAAGCCACACCGGUGAGAAACCGUACACUUGCAACGACUGCGGCAAAUCGUACUCUUGCAAUUCCCACCUCAUCGUGCACCAGCGUAGUCAUACUGGGGAACGGCCCUUUGUUUGCCCCGAGUGUGGCAAAAGUUUUACAGACAGCUCCACUCUUGUUAUUCACCAGAGGGUCCACACCGGGGAGAAGCCAUUUGUAUGUAUGACGUGUGGAAAUAGAUACACAAAGAAAUCGGCUAUGGUCAAGCACCAGAGAACUCACACCGGGGAAAAGCCGUUUGGGUGCACUCAGUGCGGAAAGAGCUUCAUAGACAGCUCGUCGUUGGUGAAACACCAGAGGACACACACUGGGGAGAAACCCUUUGCCUGCAUUCUUUGUGGCAGAAACUUCGCGGCCAGGUCCACUCUGGUGAAACAUCAACGAACCCACACCGGGGAAAAGCCGUACACCUGCACGGAGUGUGGCAAAUGCUUCUCCUGUAACUCGCACCUGGUGGUCCACAAGCGCUUUCAUACGGGAGAAAAGCCGUUCCCUUGCGCGGUGUGCGGGAAAAGCUUUACCGACAGCUCCACCCUGGUCAAGCACCAGCGGAUACACACCGGAGAACGUCCGUUUGUGUGUAGCUACUGUGCGAAAAGCUUUAUAGACAACUCAACCCUUAUUAAACACCAAAGAAUCCACACCGGAGAAAGGCCCUAUUCUUGCAAGGUGUGCCGGAAGUGCUUCACCGAUAGCUCAACGUUGGUCAAACACCAAAGGAUACAUACGGGCGAGAAGCCAUACGCGUGUAAGGUUUGUGGACGAAGCUUUACAGAUUGUUCAACGCUUAUUAAGCACCAGAAGGUACACCGAAGGGAGGAAUCUGAGAAAAGUGCAGCUAAAAAUGCAGAGCCUGCUACCAACGAAGAAGUAAAGCUGUGAAGACAAUGCACUCGUGAUUGUGCCGUGAAAUUUUUUUUUCUACCAGAGGAGAAGACACAGAUGGGGUGUACUGAUGGGUUCCUUCAACAAAAUGUUACUGUGAAAUGCCUUACUACACCCUGCAACUCUAAAGACAUGGGAUCAACGAGGGGGAGAAACAUACAUUGUAUUGCUGUGCGUCCGUUUAAUCAAAUAUUGACUUCUAGCGUGUUUUUUUCAUGUAAUUGGUCUCAAACCAAUCA